AUGGGUUGGAUAGGGAACAAAUUCACAUGGUUUAAUGGGCAUGAGGACCAUACCUUCAUUAAGGAGAGACUUGAUCGUGGGGUGGCCAAUCAGAGGUGGAUGGGUAGGUUCUUGGAGAGAAGGGUAGAGAUGCUAGGAACACAGGUCUCUGACCAUAAGGCUUUGUUUCUAUCUGUGGGAGGGAAGGCUGGGGGGUUUCAACAGAGAAGAAAUUUUAAAUAUGAGAUGAGUUGGGGUAUGGAGGAGGAGUGCAGUAAGAUUGUAAGGGAUGAAUGGAGAAAAGAACAUAUUGAGAGGAAGCCUUUAAAAAAGAUUCAAAAUCUGCUAUCAGGGUGUAGAAGGGCUUUAAGCAGAUGGUAUAAGGGUUCAACAAGAGCUAGAGAGGGGGCCAUAAAAGAAAAAACUGAGAGGUUAAAUUUACUGGAAGUUGAUGAAAAGCCCGAGAGAAUGGGGGAAAUAAAAAAGCUGAGAGAAGAGUUGGGAUUCUUGUUAGAACAGGAGGAUUUGAGAUGGAAGCAGAGGGCAAAGAAACAAUGGCUAGCAUAUGGUGAUAAGAAUACUCAAUUCUUUCAUGCAUGUGCAAGUCAAAGAAAAAAGAAAAAUACUAUUAAAUCCAUCAUGGAUGAGGAAGGAAGGGUGGUGGAGGCUGAGAAUGAUUUAGAAUGUGCUUUCUGGAAUUACUUCAGGAAAAUUUAUACAUCUUCGAAUCCUUCCUCUGAUGAUAUUGUGAACUGUGUGUAG